AUGUUUGCUCUAAGACCUGCAAGUAGAGUAUCAACACGCAACCUUCUGGUGAAAGGGAAUGUUGCGACUCGCAUAGGAACUGUUUCUUGUCGACACUUAAUAGUUCCUUCGAUUAGAAGUGCAAGAGUGGGCAUUAUACAAAAUGUUCUACGACCGCAGACGUCAUCAAAGUUGGCACGGAACAGAUAUCCCGCACAUGCUACCCGCCAAUAUGCUUCGGAAAGCGGCAAGUUUCAGCGCGGAAAACCACACGUCAACAUUGGCACGAUUGGGCAUGUCGAUCACGGGAAGACCACUCUGACCGCAGCAAUAACCAAGUGCUUGGCCACGCGAGGGCAAGCACAGUUUAAAGAUUAUGGAGAGAUUGACAAAGCACCAGAAGAGAAAGCACGUGGGAUAACGAUCGCAACUGCACACGUGGAGUAUGAAACAGGAGAGAGACAUUACGCGCAUGUUGAUUGUCCUGGACAUGCUGAUUAUAUAAAGAAUAUGAUUACAGGAGCCGCACAGAUGGAUGGUGCCAUUAUCGUAGUUUCGGCAACAGACGGUCAAAUGCCUCAAACGCGUGAACAUCUGCUCCUUGCCAAGCAAGUUGGUGUGUCCAAUCUAGUCGUUUUCAUAAACAAAGUCGAUGCGAUAGAUGAUCCUGAAAUGUUGGAAUUGGUGGAAAUGGAAAUGCGUGAUUUGUUAAGUCAUUAUGGUUUCGAUGGUGAGAAGACUCCUAUAAUUCAAGGAUCAGCUUUAGCUGCAUUGGAAGGACGGGAUCCGGAGAUUGGCGAACAGGCUAUUUGGAAACUGAUGGACGCUGUUGAUAAGUUUAUUCCGACACCUGUUAGAGACUUGGAUAAACCGUUUUUAAUGUCGGUUGAAGAUGUUUUCUCAAUUUCUGGGCGUGGCACAGUAGCCACGGGGCGCGUAGAACGCGGUACAAUCACCAAAGGCGCAGAAAUUGAGAUUGUUGGCAUGGGUGCACCUACCAGAACCAUAUUAACUGGUAUCGAAAUGUUCCACAAGGAACUCGACAAGGGCAUGGCGGGCGAUAACAUGGGUGCUUUACUUCGCGGAGUCAAACGUGAACAAAUUCGACGAGGACAAGUGAUCUCUGCCCCCGGAACUGUCAAAUCUCAUAAGAAAUUUAUGGCACAGCUAUACGUGUUGACCAAAGAGGAAGGAGGACGUCAUACACCAUUCAUGGACAAUUAUCGACCACAGAUGUAUUUCCGCACCUCUGAUGUUACAGUCGUUUUGUCUCAUCCGCCCGGAACCGAGAAACCCGAGGAAAAGAUGAUUAUGCCCGGGGACAAUACAUCGCUUAUGUGCGAGUUGAUACAUGAUAUGGCUAUUGAGCCUGGUAUGCGUUUCACCAUUCGAGAGGGAGGGAAAACUGUAGGAACUGGUGUAAUUACUGAAGUUAUAGAAUAG